UCGCGCGUCAACGAAGUUUAAAUAAAAAAUUUAUGUUUCUGUGGUUAUCUGUCGAGUGAAAAACCGUGAAAAUGACAUUUAGCGAUAAUUUCCAACUCGAUGUAUGGAAGGGGGACUGGGGCCUACCUUCCGUGGACAUCAAUUGUUUAAAAGCUUUGACCUACGCUAAAUUUAGUAAUGUUCCAGUUAUCGUCAGAGAAACAAGUAAUCCAUUUAGAUCAGCGAACGGACAGUUGCCUGUACUUAGAUGUAAAGCUGGUUCGUUUUGUACAGUAGACAAAAUUUUCGAUGUAUUUCAUCAACACAAGUACAAUCCAGAUAAUGGCACAACAAAACUGCAAACCGCAGAAACUGCCGCCUAUCAAACGAUGCUUGAGGAAUGUUUAUAUCCAGCUCUUCAAUACGAAUGGUGGGUAGAUGAACAAAAUUUAAAUCAGAUCAUAAGACAAUGGUACUGCAAAGCACUACCGUUUCCGUUAAAUUUUUAUUAUCCUGGUAAAUAUGAAAAAUACGCAAAAUACAUGGUAGAAGCAUUAUAUCCAAAUUUAGAUGAUAAAGUUGCUGAAACGUUUAUAUAUUCCAAAUCUCAAAAGUGUAUCACUACGUUAUCCACGAGACUUGGCGAAUCAGAUUACUUUUUUGGCUCAACUCCUUCAAUGUUUGAUGCCCUAGUGUUUGCUUAUUUAGCACCCAUUUUAAAAAUACCACUACCAAGUUGCAGGUUGCAAAUAUAUUUGAAAAACUGCAAUAAUCUUGUAAAGUUUGUUAAUCGAAUAUUACAAAAAUACUUUGAAGAUGAUUUUCAAGAAUAUGAAAAAUUAAAGAUCAAAGAAGAGGAACUAAAAGCAAAAACGAGCACAGAUCUUGAGUUUCCUAACAAAACAAGAAAUCAGAUUUUUGCUGGAAUAUUUGCUAUGGUUGCUAUGCUUGGUUACGCAUUUUCAACAGGAAUUGUACAGGUACCUUUUUCAUUUAAUUGUAAAAUUUUUUCCUCUCUUUUAUUUGGCUGGAUUAGUCUUAUCUAAAGUAACUAACAAUAUUUUACUGUUUUAAAUUAAUUAUUACUUACAAAAUGUGAUUAUCUAAAAAAAUGGUUUGCUUAGUACAAUCAUAAGCCUAAGGUUUAAAAGAUUUAAAGUACUUGCAAUAUUCUUCUGAUAAUUAAAUAAUCGUCCGAUUAGAAGACCCUUU